UGAUAGACCUCAACACUGAACAUGACAAACAGAAUGACCCAUCAUCAGCAUGGUCUGUCCUUAUGGGUGAACUGGUCCCCACACCAGAGCAAAGUGUAUUAGUUAUCAUUUUUCCUUCCAGAAAGAUGCCAUGACGCUGCUGGAUUUGGAUGGGGAUGGUGAAGUCGACUUUCUGGAGUUCAUUGAAUUUAUCGCUGAAAUCACUACUGAGCUGCAGGAGAUGUACCUCCAUAACAUUGUCCAGUACAACAGAGUUCCCAAGUUCAGCGCUCACACUCAGUCUGAGAAGGCGAUUGUGACUCUGAUAAAGGUGUUUUAUAAAUACGCAGGCAAAGGAGGGGAUCCUCUCGGCCUGGAAACAAGGGAACUGAGGCAGCUGCUGAGGAAGGAAAUGCCCACGCUGAACCCAUGCUUGGAGAGCAACAAUCAAUUCAAGGAGAUGCUCUUGAGCCUGGACAGAAAACAGAAAGGAGAGGUUGACUUUAAAGAAUUUAUGGGACUUGUUGCAAAUUUUGCAGUAGUGGUUCAGACCACAUUCGCUAACAACGAUUGUGAUGAUGAUGAUGAUGAUGAUGAUGAAUAACUGUGUGUAUGCAAAAUGACAAACCAAAAACAAUGACUUAGGACAAGGAAUGAAAAUUUGCCCAAGUCUUUUUCUCUCAAGUUGCCUUUAAGUGAGGCAGAUUUUAUGGGGUUUUUUUUCAACUCGCUUCUCCACUAACCAGUUGCACCAAUGAAUCAGACUCAGGACAAUUUUCCAGCCAUCACUUCUGAAAAAAAACUGUUUUUGAAUGACCGUCUUCUUUAAGAAACAAUCUUCUGGUUAUUAAUAAAGGAACACAACAUUGAGUGCUUGAUUUUCUGUCAUUGCAAGACUUUAUUUCUGCUCUUUUCUGAUGAUUUCAGCACGCUGACUACAGGGGGGCCCGGAUAAUAAAGUGAAGCAUGGCCCUCCUUAAUCCCGGCAAGCAGUUUUAUUUAAAUUUUG